AACGAGAAGUUAAUAGAAGCUGUGCGUGAGCAUGAGUGCCUCUAUUUAAAAAAGCACAAAGCCUACAAAAAUAAGGCGCUUAAAGAAGCCGCUUGGACCGAAAUAGCCAUACUAUUAGAAAAUACUCGUAAGUUAUUUUAUCGUUGAUUUAUAUGCGUAUGUACAAAAAUGUGUUAAUAAGCAUUUUAUUUUUGCGAGCCUACAAUUGUAAGACGAGGUGGCGUUCCUUAUGCGACCGCAACAGAAGAGAAAUUGUGGAAGGCGCUAAUCCCUCUGGCAGUGGCAGCAGCUUUCGUAAGCCAUGGAAGCUGAAGGACGUUAUGUCGUUCGACUCCAUGGAAGCGGAAUGUACAACAUCAAACGUUGAAUAUUUAGAAGAAACAGAAGAGACCGAAGAGGCCCAAAUACCGCAGCGAGAUGCGGCCAAGAAGCGUAAGAUGGACGACUUCUUUGAGGACGUAUUGGUACGCAUGAAGACCAAGUAUGAUGGCGAAUCAACAAAUACCUCAGACGAGGACAGUUUUUUUACUUUGCUGCGAGCAAAAUUUAUCCGUCUGUCUGCAGAAGAGGUAGACGAACUGCAGGCAGAUAUUUUGGUACUUGUAUCACAAAAAAUAAGAAAUAAAUAAAA